AUGGACGGCACUCUACAGUCUCUUUUUGCGCGCUUCCAGAACAACGACACUUGGGCUGGGAAGUGUGUUGACAAGAUCUAUCAAGCCGCCCAGAAUGGAGCUCAAGAAUAUGUUCUUACGGGCCUAGUGGGGCAGGACGGAGUCCCAGUAGCGGUUCAGAACUCGACUUCCUGGGAAAUGGAGGACAUAUGGGGGAUCAGCAUCGGUCUCUGUUACACUUUUUGCAGUAGACGGGCGUUUCCUAUGGUAUUUAACUACCAGGUGUUCCUCAGCCGCACAACCAACUACCUCCUACCCUGGCUCGCACUCACAGCCCAGCUGCCAUACGAAGCAGGCGACAUCGUCCCCAACAUCAUGAGCUUCUUCAUGUCCCUCGGCAGCCCCAUGCUCCUCACUUUCUCGCUAAUGAUGACCAUCCUCAAUUCGCGGUGGCUGAACCGCAAGUGUAAGAACUUCGAGUGCCUCUAUUCCGACGGCCCCUUCGCUACUAGGCUGAGGAGCGUCCGGAUCUUCGUCGAGGCAUCUCAACAAGUGCCAAUACGCAUGUCCUGUCAAGGUGGCUGGCUUCCCAGCCUAAUUCUGCUAGAGACCAACGCGAGAUGGUGGAGUCGGCUCAGCACCCAUAUCCUCGCCACUCGGCGUGAAGUUACGCUGUCCUUGGUAGCGCAGAUACUCGUUGCGGUUGUCGCGUGGGUGCUUACCAUAGUUGGUUCCUUUGGGUCAUCCCUUGGCGACCAUGCUGAGGCCUUGGUGCUCGCUUCAAGUUCACUGUGGACAUGGCUUGUCCCUGUAAUAUGCGGAUGGAUCACUAUCGGCACACAGAACAAGUCCGACAGCAUCGAGAGCGCCUUACGAGCAGACAGGGUCGGCUGUGCCCCGAACAGAUCCGGCGGUUUAACAAUGGAAGGUAUCCAGACAGGCUUCCGUGUAGCUAUCCGGGACCCAACCGACUCGCGAAAUCUCCUAGGCUUCAGUGUCUACGGCGACGAGAUCCAGCCGGGGCCUGUGUUCAAUUAUGCCCGCAUCUUCACAUGGCGCCAUACUGCGCGGCGCCUGUUCAGCUAUUUCGAAACCGCGGCCGAGAGAUUCAGCGAUCAGAAGGACCUCGAUCUCGCUAAGAGGAUAUCACCCCCGUUGACCAUCCAGGACCUUGACGACGACAUCCCCCGUAUGUCGAGGUACUGCGGCAUUCCGCAGGGUGGUGAGCUCACAGAGUACCCCCAGUCGGCGGAACUCGACGCCGAGUUCUGGCUGCAUGUCAUGGGCGCCAUCAUGGUCGCCGCUUUUGUGCAGUGGGGCAUCGCAGGGCCUGCAAUUGUAAUUGCCUACCUUACCGACGUCAAGGGGCUGGGUUGCCGAUCGGGCAGCUACGUCUUGUACGCCGUCUUGAGUACAACCUCAUUUAUCUGUUUCUUCACUUCUAUCCUGUUCUCUCGUGCGGCUAUGCUGCACGCUCAGGCCCAGGGACCCCCGGCAAUAAACGGUCUGUUCCGUGGGCUGAGCAUUUGUGCGCUAGUGAUGAGGCUUCUCGGUCGCAUCUUCGCUGUAUGUGGAGCUAUCUGGAUUAUACUUAGUUCAAUAUGGGAGCUUGUGGGCUUCUUUGACAACUGCUGGUGCGAGGGGACUGUCUUGGCCUUAGGAGACAAAGCAUGGGUAGCCUUGUUUAAAAAGGCCAUUGACCUGAAGGAGAAUGCUACAGGCCCGUGGGCAGGGGGGGUGUUUAUGAGUUCUUUCGUCAUGGGGUUUACAUAUUGUAUCUUUUGGCUGUUUUGCUAUAACCCAAGGUAA